AUGUCAGCUGGAUUAGGGUUUUGGUGGGAAGACGAAGCUCUUAUCAACACGUCGGAGAACGUCGAAGAACUGAAAGAUGCGAUCGAUGCGGUCUCGACCAUGUUGAAUAAUGUGAGGCUCCGGUUAGAUGAUGUGGUGAAGAGUACUGAUCAUGGAGCUUUAGUGAUUCAUGAUCAGGAGGACAAUCUUCAGCUUUGCAACACCAACACGAACAACAACUACGGAGAGGCUACGCAUCAAGUUCCUAAUUUUGAAGGAGCCUCUGGUUCUGGAACUUUGGUACACAAUCUUCAGCUUUACAACACCAGUACGAACAACAACGUCGAAGAUACUACGCAUCAAACUCCAAAUUUUGAAGGAGCCUCUGGUUCUGGAACUUUGGUUCACAAUCUUCAGCUUUACAACACCAUUACGAACAACAACGAAGAGGCUACGUAUCAAACUCCAAAUUUUGAAGGAGCCUCUGGUUCUGGUUCUGGAACUUUGGUACAGGUCGGGGAGGAUAAUUACAACGUUGAUGAUUUUCUUAGGUAUUUCAACAACAUUGAUCCACUUUGA